UGGUGCUCAGAGGGAGGAGGAGGAAAGAGAUAAGUGAUCUAAAGGGGAGAGGAUAGGACAAAAAGUGAUAAUGAUGAAUACAUUGCAAAGUUUUUUGUCCCUGACGAGGGUGGCAGAUUGAAUGGCCUGUGCGCAUGUGCGAAGGUGUCCAACAAACUGACAAUGCUUGUGAGAUGAAGAUAGUGUUGUUGCUGCUUCUGGGCUCACGGAGGACGAGAGGAAUCUACAAGCCGACAAGAUGAGAUCCAAGGCUAGGGCAAGAAAACUGGCCAAAACUGACAUUGAGCCAGUUGACAGCAUGCACGAGACAGAGGCCCACCUCCUGGCGGGAGGGGGUGAGAGUGGGGAGGAGGAGACCGAGGAUAGCAUCAUGUCCCCCAUCUCCGUAGGACCCCUGUCCCCGCACCCCUACAACCACCACCACCAUCCCAGCCACCAUCAUCACCACGAGAUCCCCUCCACGCCCAAGGAAGGCUCGCCCUACGAGGUGCCCAUCUACAUUCCCGGCGACAUUCCCAUCCCCAGCGACCUGGAGCUGCGCGAGUCCUCGGUUCCCGGAGCGGGCCUGGGGAUAUGGGCCAAAACCCGGAUCGGGAUGGGAGAGCACUUUGGACCUCACAGCGCACUGCAGAGUGCCACGGUCAAAGACAGCUCCUUCGGAUGGGAGCAGAUGCUGAAUGACCACGAGGUGAUGUCCUCUCCGGAGAGCUGCAUCAAAAAGGUGGUGGAUGAGAUGGGCAACGUCAAGUUCUGUCUGGACGAAGGCUCAGAGCCCGGUGGGACCUGGCUCAAGUAUGUACGCACUGCCAUCUCCUUUGAGGAGCAGAACAUGGCGGCGUGUCACCUCAGCGGAGACCAGAUUGAUUAUAAAGCUAUUAGGGAUAUUGAAGUGGGGGAAGAGCUAUUGGUGUAUAUGAAGGAAGGAAUUUUCCCCGAGGGAUCGAUGGCACCAAACCUAGAAGACGAACAGAUGUACCGCUGUGAGGACUGUGACGAGCUGUUCACCUCGGCCCUGGAGCUGCAGCGGCACCAUAAGUGCUUUUGUUCCAGCGCCGGGUCCUUGUUCGACACUCUCAGCAACGAGGACUUCAAGCAGGACUGUGACGACAGCAACCACGAGUCUGUCCACGAGUGCAAGGACUGCGAGAAGAUCUUCCCCGACGAGUACAGUCUGGGCCAACACAUGAUUGUGCACACAGAGGAGCGAGAGUACAAGUGUGACCAGUGUCCCAAGGCCUUCAACUGGAAGUCCAACCUCAUCCGCCACCAGAUGUCCCACGACAGCGGCAAACACUUUGAGUGUGAAAACUGCGAUAAGGUACAGCACACCCGGCAUGUGUUCACGGACCCCAGCAACCUGCAGCGCCACAUCCGCUCGCAGCACAUAGGGGCGCGCACUCACACCUGCCCCGAGUGUGGAAAGACCUUCGCCACCUCCUCGGGCCUCAAGCAGCACAAGCACAUUCACAGUAGUGUCAAGCCCUUCAUCUGCGAGGUGUGCCACAAGUCCUACACGCAGUUCUCCAACCUGUGCCGCCACAAGCGCAUGCACGCCGACUGCCGCACCCAGGUCAAGUGCAAAGACUGUGGCCAGAUGUUCAGCACUACUUCCUCCCUCAACAAGCACCGGCGCUUUUGUGAGGGCAAGAACCAUUACGGCCCUGCCGGGGGCCUGUUUGCUCCCAGCAUCCCCAUGAGCAGCCCCAUCCUGGCCAAGUCCAGGUCCCAUCCCCACCACCACCAACCGGGACUCAACCACUCAGGUCUAGCCUUCCCUGACUACUUCCCCUCCCAGCCCCAUCUUCACGCCAGCCUAUCCUUCUCCCCCGGGCCACAUGGUUUUCCCUCGCUCUCCCAUGGCUUCCCGGGUCUCUUCGUCCCCUCGUUCUACCCCCGACCGCACUUACUGCCCCCCAGCCCAUUUCUGAAGAGCCCCCUGGGCAAGAACAGUAACAACGGUGGGAGCCAGGAGGGCAAGCUGCCUCACAGCCCCCUGGACGGGACUCCACUGUCUCUGAUCAGCUCCAUCAACAACAACAACAACGGAGGAAAUAGUCUCCUCAGCAGUCAGGAGAGGGAGGACAAAGAGAGGCUGGAGCUGGCGUACAGAGAAGUCAAGGCCAAAGCCAAGAUGUCGGAGGUGUCGGACGGCAGCGACCUGGAGGAAGUCAACACCACCAGCGGCACCGACCUGGACACCACCACCGGCACCGCUUCGUGUUCAGAGUUAGACAGCGACACCGAGAGUGAGCGGGAACAACGGGAGCGGAUCAGGAGCACAAAGAGAAGGAAGGAGGCAGGUGUUAGAGGGGUGGUGGGGACAGAUAGGGUGGGACAGGAUGGGCGGCCGGACACAGUGUCGGCGAUGUCCAGCUCGGUCAACCUGGCUUGCGAGCAGCCCUCCUUCCUCUCGGUCGCCUCCCAGCACUCCUUCUUUCCGCAUCCGGACGAGCAGGCGCUGCCCCCCACAGGGGCCACCGCUGCCACCGACUCCAUCAAGGCCAUCGCUUCCAUUGCCGAGAAGUACUUUGGCCCUGCGCUCAUGGGCCUGCAAGAGAAGAAUAUAGGCUCACUGCCCUGCCAUUCCAUGUUCCCUUUCAAGUUCCUACCCAACUUCCCUCACUCCCUCUACCCCUUCAACAAGCAGGCCGGUGCCCUCAAACCCGGCAUGUUCUUCAAGGCUGAGCCCAAGUCGCCUCGUGCGCAACAUCCGCCACCCAGCAAGAUGGCUGCCCCUCGCACUGGAGAGCCAUCGCCCUUCGACCUCACCACCAAGCCAAAGAAGGCCAAGUCGAAACUGCCGGCCCCCGCUAAGUCAACCCCAUCCAGCGGUAGCAGCAACACCACCCUCAUUCUCCCGGGGAAUGAGGAGCAGCCACUGGACCUCAGCAUCGGCAGCCACAGACGGGAUGUGCACAACGGGGUGCUGGCCCCUGAGCAGCCGUCCAGCCACAAGAACCAACGCAAGGAGGAGCACCCCGGCAGCCACCCGCACCAACACACCCAGCACCCCCAGGGCCACCCCCUCCACCAGCCCCUGCUGUCACAGCACCAGCAGCCCCUGGCCCAGCCGCCCCAGCAGCAGCCCUCCCUGCAUUACACCAAGCCCUCGCCCUUCUUCAUGGACCCAAUAUACAGCAGGGUGGAAAAGAGGAAGUUACUGGACCCUGUAGGAGCUUUGAAGGAGAAGUUCCUGAGGGCCAAUUCGCUUCUCUUCCAUCCACAGCUACAGUAUCUUUACCAUGGUACACCUUCUUUACCUCAGAUGUCAGCCAUGGAGAGCAUGACGGAGAAGCUGGAGAGCUUUGGCGCUCUCAAACUGGAUGCCUCGCCCAACUUGCUGCAGCACUCGGCCCGCCCACUCUUCAACUUCCGCUCUCCGCCGCCCUCCCUCUCCGACGCCAUCCUCCGCAAAGGCAAGGAGCGCUACACCUGCAGGUACUGUGGGAAGAUCUUCCCCAGGUCAGCUAAUCUUACCAGGCACUUACGGACACACACAGGGGAGCAGCCCUACAGGUGUAAAUACUGUGACCGCUCGUUCAGCAUCUCCUCCAACCUCCAGCGGCACGUACGCAACAUCCACAACAAGGAGAAGCCCUUCAGGUGUCACCUGUGCAACCGCUGUUUCGGCCAGCAGACCAACCUGGACCGCCACCUAAAGAAGCAUGAGCAGGAGAACCUGCCCGUGAGUGAACACUCUGGGAUCCUCUCCAACCUAGGAACCAACAUUUCCUCUCCCAACUCCGAGCCAGAUCACCUUUUAGAUGAGAAAGAGGACUCUUACUUCUCGGAAAUCCGCAACUUCAUUUCCAACAGCGAGAUGAACCAGGCAUCCAGCUCCACAGACAAGAGGUCAGAACUUGCGGAGGAGGAGCGUCUGUCGAGCCACGGCCUCUUCAGCUCCCGGGGGCUAGAGGAGGAGGAGGGAGACGAUGAAGAGGAGGAAGAAGGCAGCCUGACGGAGAAAUCUCAGGACGAAGCCCCCGAAUCCCCCUCCCCGAUCAGCAUGGUCACACCGGGGGCGUACGAAGACGAAGAGGAGGAGGAAGCCACACCGUUGGCUAUAAGCUACGAACACACCCGCAGGUGUAUAGAGGAGGACGGUGGGCUGUUAGACCUGGAGGCCCUACCCAGCUUCCCCAACGGUCUGGACCUGCAUAAGUCCAACAACGGCGAGGAGCCCCCCUUUGAUGUUAAAGUCAUUUUUAACACCGCCUCUCUCGAGUCAGAACCCCUGAAAGAGAUUCUGUACAGACAUGCUAAAACUCAGGCUUAUGCAAUGAUGCUGUCUUUGUCGGAGAACAGCCCUUUGCACGCGUCCUCCCAGAACGCACUGGAUGCCUGGCUGAGCAUGGGAAGGGGCCCGUCCGAGACGAGCAGCUUUUUCCCACUCUGCCACAUCUAAGAGAGUUAGGAGGAGGGAUGAAGCCUACUGCGGAGGAGAACUCAACAUCACAUAGUCCUGGCCUGAGAAGAGACAGGAUUUGUGGCUCCUGCCCUUCUGUGUGUGUGUGUGUGUGUGUGUGUGUGUGUGUGUGUGUGUGUGUGUGUGUGUGUGUGUGUGUGUGUGUUUUGUGUGCACGCCCACAUUCGUGCGUGUGUGUGUGUGUUUGUGCGUGUGAGUGUGUACGAGGGGCCUCUUAGAUAGACACUCGCAGGCAGAGAUCAAGGUAGCACUGCUCUGCCCAUGUCGAGGGGUGAAGGACAUCCCAGGAAGAACCACCCCACUCCAUUCCAGCGAAGCCCUCUAGUUGACCUCUCAGAGACAGUCAAGUUUGAGUAUGCCACUGCAUUACUAGGGGAGCAAAAUGUCUAUUCUACACAGUCUACCACAGCAAUUUCUCAAUAGCUUCAUAUACAGUGACAGUAGGUCUGGAAUAUGUGCAUUGCAUGUCCAUAGGGGGGCGCUCUUCUCACUCGGUGGGAGGAGCAAAAGUAUCAACACAUAAUGGCGGUGUAGUAGCUCGUUCACCCACCCACCCCUGUCCUCCUCAUCUGAUCAAAUGACUUCACGCUCUUCUUUCCUGUUUGAGAUCAGUAAUACCACAAUGCUAAAUGUUACAGCAGGAAACGGCACUCUGGUUUAUAAAGAAAGUACAGGAUGAUGAUGUCAUGGAGAUUGACCCACCCCCAACAUAUAAUGUCCAUUGCAGAGGACAAAGUCUGGACUUCAACAGUUGUCUGGUGAGCAAGAGGUUUUAAAUUGACGUCCAUUGAUUAGAGUAGGGCUAAAUGUAUUUUCCCCUCUUUUUCUCCUCUGUUAACUUGAUUCCGUUUUGUGUUUUGCUUUUUGAUAAGCAAUAUUGUCUAUUUUUAGACACCUCCAUGCUCAAAUGUUAAUAUAAAUGUAUAAAUAGUGAAGGACCAAAAUUGUAUGAUAUUGUUGUAUGAUGUACAAAAUAACCUGGACGUUCAUAGCGAGAGUGGUAUGUGCCAAAUAACCCGACAAGCAUUUCUUUUUCAAGGGGUUUUCAUAGCUGUCAAAGUUGAUGUGAUUACCUUCUUCUAUAUUUAAUUUAAAGACUGGGUGGAUUCUAUUUAUUUGGGGAAACAUUUUGGGGUCACGAUUGGAGACAAGUGACAAAUGAAAAAGUAUUUUUCUCUCUCUUUUACCUGUUGUUGAAGGAAUGAAAUUGAAUCGAAAUGCAAGCGAGAUUGUGAGUCUCGGUUCCAAUGUUUUUUUGUGUCAAGACCAGUGUGCCAAAUUGGAAAGAAACCAUGAAAUCAGAUGCUUUUAUUUAUAGUGACAUGGUAGUUCUAGAUUGUUUAGAUCAGUGGUUCCCAACCAGGGGUACUAGGACCCCUGGGGGGUACUUGGUCUUUCCACAGGGGGUACUUGAGAAGACCAUGGGCCUACUGGUAAAAUGCACAUGAGGGGGUACUUCAGGGGUACUCCGGCCAGAGCAAAAUUCAGUCGGUGGUACAAUAACUGAAAAAGGUUGGGAACCACUGAUUCAGAUCAUGUUUGCAAUGUUGUGUCUAUCGUGAGGUUUGAUGAUUCUCGCUUCAGUUGAGAACAUUUCAACCAGUAUGCUGAGUGUUUUGUGUUCAAGGUGGUUGAAUUUUUACUUUGGCUAUUUUGGAAAUUGCAGCCUUUACUAUGAUUGUCAGGUGAUUUGGAUGCCACGGCUUUGUAUUGUUAGCUUGUAAUUGAUCCGAAGUUUGAGCAAAUCCGUUUUACUCCACAAUAAAUCCCAUCAACAUGUAAACUAAAUCCGUUUAUCAGUGCUCCGAUUCUGCGUGAAUGGUUUCAUUUUGUAGGGAUUCUUAUUUUCAAAUGUGACCAUGUGGUUUUAGAAAAGAACAUCUCAGAAUGCCCAUCAUAGAUAAAAUAGACAUUAUUUGUCAGAUAGUGUCCAACUACAGUGUACCAUGCCAUCAUAUUUCCACUCUUUAGUUGAAGGGUCUGUGCUAUCCGGGAUCCUUGGGACGUCCCUACCCCAUUGAAAUUGAAAUGUAAAAUGGUUAAGGUAAGGGUUAGGUAAGGGUUAUGGUUAUGGUUAUAAGUUAAGGUAGAAGUUAGGGUUUAGGGUAUGGACGUCCCAAGGAUUCCGGAAUAGCACUGACCUUACUUGAAGUAGCUUUACUCUCAGGGUCAAAUGGUUCUGUAAGUAGUAUUGACUCUAGUGACUUGCCUGGUUAAAUAAAAAAAAAAGUAAAUAGCUUGAUGGUUCACCCCUUACUUCAGCUGUGUCUGAGAUGUAUUUAUUGUCUGUAAGGGGGUUUUAACACCCAGCAUAACACAUUUACUGUACUGUGAGGAGUAAACGUGGCUGGCCUCACUUAAAACAACGAUGACCCUGGGAAGAAAUCUAGAUCUAACUGAAGCACUGUAAUCCUUUGUUUUGUCAGCAGGUGGCAGGGUCAUACUAGUUCUGCUGCAUAAAUCCUCUUAAGGAUCCACCACUUUUUUUAAACAUUUUUGUCUAAAAUGACAUACCCAAAUCUAACCGCCUGUAGCUCAGGCCCUGAAGUAAGGAUAUUCAUAUUCUUGAUACCAUUUGAAAGGAAACACUUUGAAGUUUGUGGAAAUGUACUACUGUAGUAAGUGUGUGCUGUUAUGGAUCCACAUUGAAGUCAAAGGUCACAUUGCCAGCUUUUGAUAGGAUCUGGCAAUAUUGGUCCCAAACUGGUCACUUCAGAAUCCGGUUGCUGUUCUUCCCCCAUUGUUACAGGAAAAAGUACAAAAUAAUAUGGUUUAUUUUUAACUGUAUAGACAGGUUGUUUGUUCAGAAAUUAAACCGCUGUGUUCGUAACUAUGGGGCCAAACAGGGGAUGGCUUAGAUUGUUGACAACAUGUAAACUAUAUGUCGUCUCCAACGUUUAUUGAAAACAUAAAUACAUUUGCACAAUGAGCAAUUGUUGUCUCUCAAAUACAUAGUUACAGUUGUUGGUUAGCUAGCUAGCACAUUUUUUGCCAUAUUGACAUUAGAAGUGACAUCAAUCAAAACACCUCAAACAAAGACAUGGUAUCAAGAACGAAGUAAAACUAGCUGAAACGAGUCACCCACGAUUCACCACAUGUCAGCUUCUCGUUGCUAGCUAGCUAUGUGACCAUCCAGAAUCACAACACACAGACGUCUGCCCCAUUGAAGUGCGCUCAUCGUUUUCAUUAUGUUUUCAGCAAACCAGUCUAUAGUAUUUUAAUAACAAACAAUGUUGCAUCAUGUCCGAAAAAUUCUAUGAAAAAAAAAUGGGUUAAAUGGAUGGUGCUCGUUUCAUUUGAAUCUGAGUUGUAUCACCUCUGUUAUGUUUAUUAAAAAUAUAAAUUGUGCAUGACGUGUUUAGCGGUCAUAAUGAUGUCCAUUUGUGAAAUGUGUAUCUUAAAUUUAAAAAUGAAAUGUAAACAAAAAUGAAUCCGUAGAUGCACUUAUUGUACGUGGUUUGGUUAGUAGGUUUGACUUCAAACCCUUACAAAUGUAUUGGGCAAGUGGUUCUUAAAUGAUUACAAAAAAGCUUGUGGCAGAGAGAUGUAUUUUUUUUUUUAAAUGAAAGGAUUGUAGAAUAAUAUUGAACAAUUCUGAAAUUGCAGUUUUUGUAAUGCUUGUGAUUAUUGAAGAAGUGUAAUGGAAAUUAUAUGAUUCUGAUGUUAAUUCUGUAGAAUAGAAAUGUAUACCAAAUGUAAUCUUUCCAAUGUUAUGAAGAAUUUAUACAUGAAAUUGAUAUGCAAUAAAACCUGUGUGCUUUUUA